UAGCGGGAUUCAGGCAACAUGGAAAGGUCACAUUCAUGGGUGACUAUAAAGUGACAAUGAACUUAGAUUCUAAAUGAGUGUCCAUGGCGUAUAGUGUUUUUCUCUCCUUCCACAGGAAGUACACCUGCUACAUGGAAGCAGAUAACCACACAGGCACAUCACAAUUCCUUCUGCUGGGCCUCUCAGGUGAUCCUGUAUUGCAGCCUCUUUGCUUCGGGCUAUUCCUGUCCAUGUACUUGGCCUCAGUGCUCGGGAACCUGCUCAUCAUCCUGGCCGUCAGCUCUGACUCCCACCUCCACACCCCCAUGUACUUCUUCCUCUCCAACCUGUCCUUUGUAGACAUCUGUUUAACCUCCACCACAGUCCCCAAGAUGCUGGUGAACAUCCAGGCAAAGAACCAAGGCAUCUCCUAUGUAGAGUGCCUCACUCAAGUGUAUUUUUUCAAUAUGUUUCUUGGAAUGGAUAAUUUCCUCCUGACAGUGAUGGCCUAUGACCGCUUUGUGGCCAUCUGCCAUCCCCUGAACUACACAGUCAUCAUGAACCCACAGCUCUGUGGCCUUCUGGUGCUGAUCUCUUGGAUCAUCAUGUUCUGGGUCUCUCUGAUUCAUAUUCUACUCAUGAAGCAACUGACCUUUUCCACAGGUACAGAAAUCCCUCAUUUCUUCUGUGAAUUGACUGAGAUGCUCAAGGUGGCCAACUCUGAUUCCCUGAUCAACAACAUCUUUCUUUAUGUGGUGACUGCCCUGUUAGGUGUGUUUCCUGUCAGCGGCAUUCUCUUCUCCUACUUUCACAUUGUCUCAACCUUACUGAGGAUGUCCUCUUCUGUGAGCAGGUAUAAAGCAUUUUCCACCUGCGGGUCUCAUCUCUGUGUGGUCUCCUUGUUCUAUGGGACAGGAUUUGCAGUCCACCUCAGUUCUGCUGUGACCCAUUCUUCCAAAAGUAGCACUAUUGCCUCUGUGAUGUACACUGUGGUGACCCCCAUGCUGAACCCCUUCAUCUACAGCCUGAGAAACAAGGAUGUGAAUGGGGCCCUGGGCAGGCUUCUCAGCAGAACAGCCUUUUCUCCUUGA